AUGCAUUUCUCCAAGACUCUUCUAGCUUCUUCUCUCUUCAUCGCCACUCUCUCAUUCCUCGCACUAGUCAAUGCCAAGCCAACUUCCAAAUCGGGCAAAGACGCCCUCAGCUCCAGUUCUUCUUCCAAAGACUCAGCCAAAGACUUAGAUAAGUCCCAAAGCCGAGACAAGUCCAAGUCCAAAUCCAAAUCCAAAGAAGACAGCACUAGCAAAGACAAGUCCAGAUCCAAAGAAGACGGCAAGAAGCCAGAGGAUAAAAACGAGCAAUUACUCAAGGACAUUGCCAACCCCCAAUCAUCCGCCGAACAAACCAACCGCGCCCCCGAAGGCAUGUGCCAAUG